AUGGAUGUACCACAGCUCGAAGCCAUGCAGUGCCAAUGGUCUGCAUCAGCCUCAGUGUCGCCGGCAUCGACUCCGCCAACCCCAUGGGAGGAGGUUGAGCCAUGUUCCCCGGUGUUUGAGGAGAUCGUUCUCCACGUCAAUAACAUCCAAUGCACUCUAAGGGUGCCACGAGGGAUCGCUCGCAGGGGUCAGGAGCUUGUGCAGCAGUUCGUUUCAACGGCGGCCACUCUGGAGCCCUUGUCUUCUCUGGAACUGUGCUGCCUAUUCAUGCAAUAUAUCAUGCAGGGUAUAACGCAGGAGAGACAUGGAGAUUUGGACAUAUCCGUUCUCCACCAAGUUUUAAAUACGCUGCAUGUUGAUCUCCUCCAGAAUGAGAAUAUCCACACUGUCCUGGCGUCGAUGAACCAGGACAAGAACCGGGAUCGACCCAUCUUGCAGGCUUAUUUUCAAGCAUGCAGGGAAACAAGAUCAUCAUGCGCUGUGGCGACCAGUAGCCUCCUUGCCGAUGUUGAUCAAGGUCAUGCGCAGAUCUUUGCUCUGUUCAAUGGACAAGGCGUCGAGUCCUAUUUUGACGAGCUGCUGGCGGCUUAUGACAUAUAUCAUCCCCAGUUAGCUUCUUUCAUUUAUACGGUUUCCAACCCUCUCAUCCACCUGGCACAGGAAGCUCAAUUUAAACCACUGUUCCCGCAUGGGCUGGAUGUGGAUUUAUGGCUCCGAGUGCCGGAGUCUCGUCCAAAUGCCUCCUACCUCGCCGACGCCCCAGUGAGCUUCCCGCUCAUAGGGCUCUCCCAAUUUGUGCAAUAUGCUAUUGCAUGUAUCAACCUGGGCCAGUCCCCGGCAGAACUACGCCACGUGUUUGCUGGCGCUAUUGGUCACUCUCAGGGCAUCGUGGUGGCCUCUUUCAUUGCCGCUGCCGAUUCCUGGGAUUCGCUCUGUAAUGCAGCUCAGCAGGCGGUGGAAUUGCUGUUCUGGAUUGGCUGUCGAUGCCGGCAGCAGUUGCAGGGCAUAUGCCCUGUUUCCAUUCCAUCCAACUGCAUGCUCGGCAUCAAGGGCCUCUCUCAAACCGAGCUCCAGCGUCACUUGGAUGAACUCAACCUCCAUUUGUCAGCCAAGGAAGCGGUUUACCUGGCCUUGGUAAAUGGACCAGAGCAACUCGUCGUUGCCGGAUUGCCUCUUUCAUUGCGGGCGCUGGACCAGAAAAUUAGCAAAGGCUACAAUCAAGCCAAGUCUGCGAAGCGAAUCCCCUUCAGCAAACGCCUUCCUGUCGUUCACACUAGAUUCCUCGCCAUCACGGCGCCGUUUCAUUCGCCUUAUCUCCAGGAAGCGGAAGAUAAGCUCCAAAAUGACCUUGCUGGCUUCUCUUUGUCUGGCUCGCAGCUAGCCUUCCCUGUGUUUCACACCGAAACUGCCGAGAAUUUACAAGAAAUUGAGAAUGUUGUCCCUCACCUGAUCAAGAUGAUUUGUACUCGACGAGUCGAAUUUGAAAAGGUAGUAAACAACACCUUGAUUGGAGCAACGCAUGUCCUUGACUUUGGUCCUGGUGGUGAGGUUGGCAUGGGAAGCCUGGUCAAUCAUCAGCGCGAGGGCACAGGACUACGCACUUUGAUCAUGAGUGCCGCUCGGGGAGCCACCAAUAGUAACACUUCCAAUCUGGGAUUUUCAAGCGAGCUGUAUGCCCACAACGUGGCAGCUCUCUACAACUCUAUCUGGAAUGCUGAGUUUUCUCCGCGUCUCAUGCAGUUCCCUAGCGAGUCUCACUUGGUUGACACCAAGUUCAGCCGGCUACUAGGGGUCCCUCCGGUGAUGGUUGCCGGCAUGACUCCGACAACGACCGCCUCAGAGUUUGUAGCUGCUGUCAUGAACGCCGGGUAUCAUGUCGAGUUAGGCUGUGGAGGAUUUCCCGAUCGCGACAGCAUGCGUCGGGGUAUCCUUGCCACAGCAGCAGAGAUUUCCCCUGGCCGUGGCAUUACAUGCAAUGUCAUAUAUGCCAACCCCCGAGGCAUGGCCUGGCAGAUUCCCCUCUUGGUCGAGCUUAGCCAGUCCGGCGUCCCCAUCACGGGCUUGACCAUCGGUGCCGGCAUUCCUUCACUGGAAAUUAUUCAGAGCUAUCUGUCCGAUCUGCCAUUAAAGCAUUUGGCUCUCAAGCCAGGUUCCAAAGAAGGCAUCGAUGGUGUCCUGGCCAUUGCGCGGGCCAACCCUACAUUCCCAAUCAUCUUACAGUGGACAGGCGGUCGGGGUGGUGGCCAUCAUUCCUCUGAAGACUUACAUGAGCCGCUUCUAGACCGAUAUGCACAGAUCCGCUCUCAUCGCAACGUGAUACUUGUUAUCGGUAGUGGCUUCGGUGACGCCGAACAGACCUAUCCCUACUUGGUUGGUUCCUGGUCCCAGGAGUAUGGACGUGCGCCCAUGCCGGUGGAUGGCAUCCUGUUGGGUAGCCGUGUUAUGGCGGCUAAAGAAGCCCACACCAGUCCAGCCGUGAAGGAAGCUAUUUGCAGUACCGCGGGCGUUGCAAAUGAAGACUGGGAGCAAACGUACGAGCGCGCUGCCGGUGGAAUUAUUAGUGUACGCUCCGAAAUGGGCGAGCCGAUUCAUAAGCUAGCCACACGCGGCGUCAUCUUGUGGGCCGAAUUGGACAAGUCGGUGUUCUCUUUGCCGCGGAAUGAACAGAAGGCUGCUCUGCUCGCCCGCAAGACAUAUUACAUCACACGUCUCAAUAAUGACUUCCAAAAAGUCUGGUUUGGCAGAAAUGCCCGUGGUGAAGUAAUCGAUCUGCAUGAGAUGACCUACGCUGAAGUCUGGGACCGCAUGGUCGAGUUGCUGUAUCUGAAAGUGGCCCAACAGUACAUCGACCCCUCAUGGAAGGCAUUGGUACGAGACUACACUCACCGGCUAGAGGAGAGACUGGGCGGGAGAAAGGAACAUCCUGCCCUCCAAAGCGUGGAACAACUGGAUGAGCCCGAGCAGUUCAGAGACCUCCUCUUCAGUCAGUAUCCACAGGCUCACACCGAUGUGCUGACAGCCGCCGAUGUGGAAUACAUCCAUCUAAUUUCACGUCGCCGAGGGCAGAAGCCAGUCCCCUUCAUCACGCUUUUCGACGAAGAUUUCGAAUACUGGUUCAAGAAAGACUCUCUGUGGCAGUCGGAGCGCUUGGAAGCCGUUGUUGGACAGGAUGUCGGUCGCGUGUGUAUAUUGCAUGGGCCAGUAGCCGCUAAAUACACGCAAAGUGUCGAUGAGCCAGUGCAAAAUAUUCUCGAUAGCAUUCACGACAAACACGUCUCGUGGAUCCUGCGCGACAAAUAUGUGGGGGAUCUCGCACGGAUCCCCUCGGCAGAUCAACGCAGCAGCCACCCCCGUUGGCCCGUUACGGGGGUUCAUUUGGAUGCAGAGCCUGACGGAAAGACAGUGAGGUAUAUCGUCUCCGAGAAUCCGCCGUCGCCCGAGGUUUGGCUGGAAUUAUUGGCUGAUACAACUGCUGCACCAUGGUGUCGUGCUCUUCUCACCGAAAAGACCAUUGUCCAGGACAAAACAGUUGUGGACAAUCCUCUACCGAGAUUGUUUGCCGCCAAACCAGGUCUGGUCGCUGAGAUUUGCAAUAUACAAGCCCUAGAAAAGACAGAGAUUCUGCUCAAGGAGAUCGAAAGGGAUGGCAAAGGCGCAGAGCAUUUGCUGGCAAUUUCCUCACUCCGCUGCAGCCCUGAGGGCCUGAUUACUCUGACUCUCUCGGAUCGGACGGUGGCAGGUCGGGCACCAGCUGACCUGGUCUUCCUAUUCAACUACCAGCCAUGUGGUGGUGCUCUCAGCAUUCACGAGGUGAUGCCAGACAGGAACCAGCGCAUCAAGCAAUUCUAUCGGUCAAUCUGGAUCGGGAAGCAUGGAUUACCAGUUACCUCUGACUUCGUAUUCCGGGGUCAAGAUACUGUCCUAGACCGGGAGACAAUUCGCAAAUUUGCGCAGAGCGUAUCAAAUCGGAACCCGGUCUAUUAUAACUCCCGCCCCGAUGACUUGCUGGUGGCUCCACUGGAUCUGGCCAUUGCAGUAGCUUGGAAGCCCCUCAUGAGCAGCGUGUUCCCUGAUGUGGCUUCAGGGGAUAUGCUCCGAUUACUCCAUCUCAGUGCCGGGUUCGAACUUUGUGAUGGAGUCGCGCCAUUGCGGGAGAGAGACCAUCUCUCGGCGGAUGGUCGUCUUGUGUCUGUGGCGGUCAAAAAAGGCUCUGGCAAAGUUGUGGAGGCGGAAGCAACCAUCUAUCGCGAGUGCAUGCCGGUAGUCCGCUUGACGAGCAAAUUCAUUUUGCUUGGUUCCUACCCCGAAAAUGAGCCAACGUUCGAGAUCAGGGAGGAGAAGUGGCGCCUGCCGCUAGAUUCGAAGAAACAGGUGGCUCUUCUUCGAUCGAGGGCCUGGUUCAACCCAGAAGGAAAAGUCGACCUGCUAGAUCAUCUCCACCACACGGUAGAUGUUCAUACCACGAGCCGUACACGUUCUGUUGCCGCCGACUCAGGCCACGGGCUGGAGGUUGAGGGCCAGAUCAUCUGGCAGUCGGAUUCAACAUCAGAAUCGGUGAUCCUUGGGUCCAUUAUUUUCUCUGCCACUGCCAUCGGUGCACGAAACCCUGUCACAGACUACUUGAAGCGACAUGGGUCCUUGAGCUCAGGUGAAGACUGUCUCUUUGAUGCUCCUCGACCUCUUGUUCAAGAGCUUCUGGUGACGGUCCCUGAUGCCGGCAGCGAGUAUGCCCGAGCAUCUGGUGACUGCAAUCCCAUUCAUCUGUCUAGUCUGUUUGCUAGCUACGCAGGCCAUGAAACGCGGGUCACCCAUGGCAUGUUUACCAGCGGAUAUGUCCGUGGUCUGGUCGAAUCAUAUCUCGCGCGCAACGAUGUAGCUCGCAUGCGAUCGUGGUCAUGCACAUUUGACAACAAGGUCUGCGCCGGAGAUCAACUGGCCAUUCAGAUCAACCAUACGGGAAUGUCUAGAGGGAAGAUGCUAGUAACUGUCCAGGUGCUCAAUGUUCGCACUGGGAUCAAAGUACUUUCCGCACAGGCCAGCAUUGAACAACCAAAGACGGCAUAUGUCUUUACAGGACAAGGCAGUCAGGAGCCAGGCAUGGGGAUGGCACUGUAUGAGAGCAGUCUGUCUGCGCAAGAGAUUUGGAAGACAGCAGACGAAUUCUUUGAGAAUACAUAUGGCUUUUCUAUUACACACAUCGUGCGCAACAACCCGAAAGAGCUAACAGUGCACUUCGGUGGAUCUCGAGGCCGUGCCAUUCGAGAGAACUACAUCUCGCUCACGUUUGAUGCAGUGGACGACGAUGGCAAGACCACCUGCCAGCCCGUCUUCCCCAAUAUCACAAGAUCAAGUCGCUUCCACCGCUUCCGAUCUGUCGAUGGCCUGCUCCAUGAAACCCAAUUCACACAGCCAGCGCUGGCGUUGAUGGAAAUUGCACGUUUCGAAGACAUGCGGCGUCGAGGAGUGGUUGAAGAAGCGAGUCAGUUUGCUGGGCAUUCUCUCGGUGAAUACGUAGCCCUCACAGCAAUGGGACGCAUUUUCUCAGUCCAAAAAGUUGCUGGUUUGGUCUUUUAUCGGGGUCUCAGCAUGCAAAAUGCAGUCCAGCAGGACCCGCAAGGGGCUACUCAAUACUCGAUGUGUGCCGUCAACCCCACUCGAGUGUCAAAGACAUUUAGCCAAGAUGACUUGAAGUGGUGUGUAGCUGAGAUUGCGCGACAAACUGGAGGGUUGUUGGAGAUUGUCAAUUACAAUGUCCUCCACCUCCAGUAUGUAUGCGCUGGCGAUCUCCGGGGACUGGCAACUCUGACAGAGCUUAUGAAUGCACUGGCGUCGCGUUCCCUGGGUAUGCAGUCCAAACCAGAUAUACAGCGCUUUAUCCAGGAAUCUCUGGCAGGAUUGGAUAUUCGGACAGGGCCAGUGGUUCUCCAACGAGGACGAGCUACUAUCCCCCUCAAGGUGAACGUGCCGUUCCACAGCAGUCUUCUCCGUCCCGGUGUCCAGUCUUUCCGACAGUUCUUGAGUCGCAAUUUGGCGGAGUCUUCCAUCCAGCCUGAUCGAUUGGUGGGUAAAUACAUUCCUAAUCUCACUGCGAGGCCGUUUGAGCUUUCCAGAACAUACGUUGAAAGCGUACUUGCGCUCACUGAGAGCCCUGUCUUGGAGACUCUCCUCUGCAAUUGGGAAUCCAUGGAAAAUGGGGGUUACGAUGAACAAGUUCUGUUUCCUUGGUAA